UGCCGGAGAGGAUCGACAAGGAAGGGAGAGAGGCUUUUUAAAAAAUUUGGGGGUAUUUUGUUUUAAACCAAACAACCCCAAAACAUUUCGCUGAGGAUCUGCUGCCUCCCUCCCCCAUGGUCCGUUAAAGAGUAUCUUCCCCCGGAGGACCCCCGUGUUUGUGCCUGGCGUGUGGCGCCCGCUUCUCAAAGGGGGGAAAAGUUCUUCCAAAAUAGUGUGCGCGGAGAAGAGGAUGGGGGAUUUUGCAACCCCCGCCGCUGCCGCGAACGGCGGCAGCCUUUGCCUCAACAAUAACCUGAGCAGCAGCCUCGGCGGGGCCGGGAUCGGCGUGAACAACGCUCCCCACGGCCCUCCUCCCGGUAACAGCGCUACUCAUAGCGGCGGCGGCGGCGGCACUAACGGGAGCAGCGGCGUUCCCAAGCACAGCACCGUGGUGGAGAGGCUGAGGCAACGCAUCGAGGGCUGCAGGAGGCACCACGUCAACUGCGAGAACAGGUACCAGCAAGCCCAGGCCGAGCAGCUGGAGCUGGAGCGAAGGGACACGGUGAGCCUCUAUCAGAGGACCCUGGAGCAAAGGGCCAAGAAAUCGGGGGCCGGAGGCGGCGGCAGCAAGCAGCAGCAGCACCCGAGCAGCAAGCAGCAACAAGAUGCCGAGUGUGCCACGGCCGAGCAGAGGAACCACACGCUGAUCAUGCUUCAAGAGACGGUGAAGAGAAAGUUGGAAGGAGCACGCUCACCCCUCAAUGGCGAACAGCAGAAUGGAGCCUGUGACAGUAGCUUCUCCCCAACCAGCAAGCGGAUACGGAAGGAUGUACCUGGGAUUGAGGGAAUCAACAGCUUGCCCAAUAAUUUGCCUUUGCCUUCUAUUUCCCCUCUUCACCAGCUUGACAUAAAACCAUCACUGCCCCUGCAGAACAGUGGAACUCAUGCUGGUGGUCUGGAUGACCUGGGUAAAAAUGGUGGACUUCCAGAGAUAAAACUCCCAAUCAAUGGAUGCACAGAGCUUGAGGAUAGUUUUAACAUCCUGCACAACAACAGCAACAACAGCAAGGAGCUAAAACAAGAGCCCUUGGAUGAUCCUAGUUGCAUGGACAAUUCUGACACAUCACUUUCAAAUCAGAAUAAACUUUUUUCAGACAUUAACCUGAAUGAUCAAGAGUGGCAGGAGUUAAUAGAUGAGCUGGCUAACACUGUUCCAGAGGAUGACAUACAAGAUUUGUUCAAUGAAGACUUCGAAGAGAAAAAGGAGCCUGAAUUUCCCAGACCAGCCACUGAGAUUCAAGAGAGUGCGAGUGUUAAAAGUGACCCAUCGCACUCUCCAUUUGCCCAUGUUCCUCUUGGGUCUCCCCAGGUAAGGCCUUCUUCUUCAGGUCCUCCAUUUUCAAAUGUCCCUACAGCAUCUAGCAUACCUUCUGUCUCUAGUGCGCCCCCAGCUCCACUCUCUGACAGCUCACCAGCAAAUUGUGUGGUUCAGUCACCCCAGACUCCUAACCAAGCACAUACCCCAAGCCAAACUCAGUCAAGACCGGGUAAUGGUUAUCUCAUUAAUCCAACAACAGUGGCAACAGCUGCCCCGGGGCCUGGCCAAGUGGCUGUGCCCAGCACUGACUUAUCUCCAGCUGAACAGCUUAAACAGAUGGCAGCACAGCAGCAGCAACGAGCUAAGCUCAUGCAGCAAAAGCAGCAGCAGCAGCAGCAGCAGCAGCAACAUCCAAAUCAAGCAUCUAGCUGGUCCCCAGUGGGGCCUCCAUCUAGUCCUUAUGGAGGACCCUUCAGUACAGACAAACCAAAUAGCCCAAUGAUAUAUCCCCAAGCCUUUAACAACCAAAAUCCUGUAGUGCCUCCUCCGGCAAGCAACCCACAAAAGACUACGAUGAAUAACUACCUCCCUCAAAACCACAUGAAUAUGAUCAGUCAGCAGCCAAAUAAUCUGGGUACAAACUCCUUGAGCAAACAAACCAAUAUGCUUUCUUAUGGCAACACUAAACCUCUGACUCAUUUCAAUGCUGACUUGAGUCAAAGAAUGACUCCACCAAUGGCCAAUCCCAGCAAGAAUCCCAUGAUGCCAUACAUGCAGCAGCAGCAGCAGCAACAGCCCCAACAACCGCAGAUGCAGGCUCAAAUGACGCACUUGAGUGAGGAGCAGAAACGCAUGCUUAUCAUGAAGCAGAAAGGAAUGAUGAACCAGACGAUGGCUUAUGGAACACUUCCCUCCCUUGGUCAGGACCAGCACGCAGUGGGACUGUCUCGGUCCACAGGUCCCAUGCAGUCCUCGGUGCCAGCAGGAUCCAGUAACGUGGGCACAAGUUCGGUCAAUGCCAGUUUCUUGGGUGGACAGCCUCAGGCUGCCCUUAUGAAGCAGAUGCUGAUUGAGCAAAGGGCCCAGCUCCACAUGAUGGAACAGCAGAAGCAGCAGUUUCUACGAGAGCAGCGGCAACAGCAACAGAUCUUGGCAGAACAGCAUUUGCAGCAGCAACAGCAGCAGCAGCAACAGCAGUCGCAUCUGCCUCGGCAGCACCUCCAGCAACAGCAGAGGAACCCCUACCCUGUGCAGCAGGUCAAUCAGUUCCAAGGUUCCCCGCAGGAUAUAGCGGCAGUGAGAAACCAGGCAGCUCUUCAGAGCAUGAGGACUUCCCGAAUGAUGUCCCAGAACACCAGCAUGAUGACCAUGGGAGCCUCACAAAACACUGGCGCAAUGUCUGCCGCAGCUGGCCAAUCCGAGAUGGGGAUGGCUCCCUACAGCAGCCCAGCAGCCGGCCAGCCAGGAAUGUACAAUAUGAACACAGGAAUGAGCCAAAUGUUGCAGCACCCAAACCAAAGUAGCAUGAGCCUGGCACACAACCCAAGUCAGGGGCCGAGGCAGCCCACCUCGACACAAGGGGUUGGCAUGGUCAGUAGCUUUGGUCCAAACAUGUUGGUGAACUCUGCCAUAUCUCAACAACACCAGCAGAUGAAAGGACCUGUGGGCCAGGUUCUACCCAGACCACAAGCUCCCAGACUUCAAAACAUGAUGGGGCCUGUCCCGCAAGGAGCACAGAACUGGCAGACACGAGGCUUGCAAGGUAUCCCUGGAAGGACUAGCGGUGAAAUUGGACCUUUCAAUAAUGGUGCAGCUUACCCGAUGCAAUCUGCUCAGCCAAGGUUGCCUAAGCAACACUUCCCACAAGGCAUUAGUCAGUCUGUCAUGGACACAAGUGGAACAGUACGGACCCUGAAUCCAGCGAUGGGAAGGCAAAUGUUGCAACCACUCCCUGGACAACAAGGAACCAACAACCAAGCUAGACCAAUGGUUAUGCCUACAAUAAGCCAAGCAGUUCCCACCAUGGCUGGUUUUAACCAGUCCCCUGCACAACAGAUACCAGGGGGUAGCUUUGCUCAGAGCAACCAAGGUCAGAUCUAUGAGAGGAAUCCCACUCAGGACAUAUCUUAUAGUUACAGCAAUGAAGGAGCUGGCGGUUCCUUUCCAAGUAUAGCAGACAGCACAGACCUUGUAGAUUCCAUCAUUAAAGGUGGGCCAGGAGAUGAGUGGAUGCAAGAACUUGAUGAGCUGUUUGGAAAUCCGUAGCACAUGGGGAUAUGUAUAGUUACAAACCUUUGUGGGGUCAGAAAAAAGGAAAGCAGGAUGUUGUCCAUCCUUGUUUCUUUGUUUUGUUUUUAAAGCUGUGCAAAGCAAGCUGAUCUGUGGCUGAUUGUGGAAGGCAUGGAUGGAAUGUAAAGCAUUGAACAGAAGGCCUUGCUGGUGUCCUCACAGCAGUCUCCACCCCAUAGUCUGCCUGCUGCAGGUGGGAAUAAGACAAAGAGAGAGAGGUAGGGGGCUCCAAAAAUUGCUACUUGCUGCCCAUGGGCUAUGGAAGAAGAUUGGUAGUCUCCACAUGGCAAGCACUGGCUGCCCCAUAACAAUAAACUUUCCACCACGGUUCUACUGGAACUGCUGCAGUGUGUCAGGACAUUGCAGAGACAGGCGCUGAGACAAAGGAAGGGGCACCUGAAAGAGAAAGAGAGGCCGGGAUCAAUACAGGUGCUAAACUCUGGGUUUAAGCAAAUGACAAGUUUCUUCAUGUAGUUAUGUGUCUGAUUUGAUCAGGAGUCAAGCAGAGGCUGCUUGGUUAUGGUUAUGACUAGACAUGGCCGCAGAUGAAAGGGUCCAUUCAAUGUGCUAUCAAGUCUCCUUUGGGUGCAGAGAAAGUCCCCAUCUACAUAGUUUGCCAUUCCUGUGUUUCCUGUUUCCUCUAUAACCAAGUGACUCUAUAGUCACUUUUUAAGGAUGGGGGGAAAUACAGAGCUGUAGGACACACGAAGGCUGCAGUACUUAUAUUGCUCACUGAGAUAGCAGCUACCAAAGACACAGACGCAAAAGAAAGCAGGCAUUAAAAAGGGAGAGGUUAUAUGUAUUAAGAACUUGCAAACAGUGGUGUCCAGCUUGUUCUUUUCCUGAAAAUUCAAGAUGAAUAGGUGUUACCUGUGAGGGGUUGGGUUGCACAGGCAGAUGUCUUUGGGAGUUAAGGGAGAGGGGCUAGUAAUUCUCUUGGUGGUCUUACAUAGAAAUUAUUUAGGAGCAAUGUCAACAUGUCUUUUGACAGGUUGGAAGCAAGUUUAUGCUUAACGUUCUCUAACGGCUGGUCCUCUGUCAACCUUCCUACUAUGAACAUGAUAACACCAAGCUCUUUAUGAUGCCUAAACUAGUUGGUGACAGAAUAAGAAAGGAAGGGUCUUCCAUUCAGGUAAUUGCUGGAAGUAGUUGUACAUAAAGUUACGACAUUCCAAAGGUCUUCAAAUGGAACUGUCUAAGCCACAGUUUUGUGUGGCUGGAACUGACCUGCAAAAAAGUGGAGUCAUUUAUGUUGGUGGGAGUUGAAUAUGAUACCAUUUGCCUGUGUUUUAGAUACAGGCUUGGUAUUAAACACAUGUCACUUUUUCGGGCCUGAUUAUACAUUACAUGCAAAUGUGUAACCAAACUCCAGUGGUGCAUUCCGUAUUUCCCCUAUCCCUGGGAAAUCCAAAUUCAGAGGGAGCAUUUUUUUUUAGUGGAGAAACAGCAGAGAGAUGGAAUACUUGACCCUUUCCCCAGCCACCGUUUGCCCCAUGUUCUUUAGCACACUCCAGUUUUGGUAGUGGAAUGGCCUCCCAUCAGAUGUCAAGGAAAUAAACAACUAUCUGACUUUAGAAGACACCUGAAGGCAGCCCUGUUUAGGGAAGUUUUCAAUGUGUUACCAUGUUUUUAAUAUUCUGUUGGGAGCCACCCAGAGUGGCUGGGGAGGCCUGGCCAGAUGGGCAGGGUAUAAGUAAUAAAUUAUUAUUAUUAUUUAAAAUAGAGGGUGGGAUGGGGUGAGGAGUAGGAGCGAGAGCAAAAGCAAGAGCAAACACACAUUUGGAACUCCGUAGGACAGAAGCAGAGGGAUGGUUUUAAAGUGGAGAAGAAGCAAGCAGAGAAGGGUUCAAUCACAACCCACACUUCACUUAAAACCACCACCUCCAGAAGCUAACUUUCCUGGAAAAUGGGGAAGGGGAAGAAUCACGAUUCAAUUACACAUAUUUACAUAUAAGGUGUACUUAGGCCCUCAUUUAUUUUAUCUGGUUUCUGACAUGAUUUUGAAACUCCCACAUACUGUCUCCUCAUCUAACUCACUGGAAUUAGUGGGAGACAUAUUGUUGACACCUUUGAAAGUUGGAUGUCGUGAGCUAAAAGAACCACUUCAUGCAACUUCCUGCUUGGUGCUAACAUGAAGAUUGACCAAUGAGCUUACACAUCAGUGGACUUGGCAUGUGGCAAAGCAGUAGCUUGCUAACAGAGAAGUGGUUUGCCAUGCUCUCGGUGCACAAUGUGCCAAGUCAGCACUCAUCUUAGUACCAGUGGAGAAUUGUGGCCUGAGGAUCCCAAGAAGAUUUUAGUCCACAAAUACUCUGAGCAUAAUUAGGUAUCAUUAUAUCAGCUAGUGCUGAGGACUGGAAGACCAAGAAAAAGGUUCUGUGGGUUACAGAAAUCAGCUGAAGAGGUGAGAGAUACAACCACCUCCUUUUAAACCUGAAUAGGCAUGCAAAAGCAUAAGAUAGGAACCAAGUAUCUGUCUUCAUCACUCCUCUGGGGCAGUGUCACUCUUUGCUGGAAAGGGUGACAACAAGAAGACUAAGAAGUUGGAGUUUUGAACCGCACAAAAUCUAAUGAGUAAUGAAAUUUAACAUUCAUCUUUAUCAGAAAAGUACAGGAACUAGCGUUUGAUGAGGCCUCAAAAUCCAUUAUCUUUGAAAAGCUUCCUCCAAAUAUUUUGAACUGGGACCAAGUAAUAAAAAGUCAAACUUUAAUAUCUUGGGUUUUGUUUUGUUUUUUUACUAUGGUGCUGAUGUAUAUGAAAUGUUAAAAAAAGAAUUAUUUGUAAAUAUGUUUUUACAAUCCUGCAGAUAUCACUGGGUCUAAUCUGUAAAAUAUAUACAUAUAAAUAAAUAUUAUAUAAAUAUAAAUAUAUAUAUAAUGUUUGUUUAAGAUAGAGUAUUUUUAUUUCAUUCUUUAACUCAUCCUCACUGCAGUGGUAUUGCACUUCAGAUGUCUAAUUACUAAUUUGUACUGUAUCCUUGCCAGCAACUUGCUCCAUUUUAUCCAGAUUUUUCUAGUUUACUGUUUUUUACUUUGUACAUUGAACAUUGCUUAUUUCCUUUUAAGAACUGUACAGAGCUCUGGAAAAAAUGUAGAAAGGAACUAAUAACAUACCAAUUUUAAAGAAAAUAAUAAUAAAAGAUUGUUAUCUGAA